UCGGUGGGUUCGCGUAUGUGUCAAACUAGGGUUUCAAGAGCAACUUGAGAAACAGAAAGCAGCAGCCCUCGUCGUUCAACCACCAGGAGAGCCAAGGUAAUCUGUAAAACCUUUUACCCAAGCACGAUGCUUUAGAAAAUUCUAUCCGUUUUGGCUUUUCUGUUUCUUUUUGCCCCCAGUCUUAAUCUGAUGGGGUUUCUUUCGUCGUCGAGUAAACUCAUCGUUAUCUUCGUUAUCUUCGUUUCGAUCUGGGUGAUUUUUACAGUGGAAGAAGAAGCGUAUGAAAAGAUUAAAGAGAAAGCGCCGAAAGAUGAGACGGAGGUCUAAGUAGGAUGAGGGGUUUUGUUCCAUGAGGUCUUGCUAUGGCCCUUUUGCUGCAUAGUAGGAUCUAGGUUUUUUUCAAUUUAAAUGUUAGUUUUUGUUGUCCUUUUUUAACUUAAUCUGGUAUUAUCCAAACUUGUGCAAAACGGGCACUGGAUGUUGCCUUUUUAAUAGUUGUUAUUACUCUGGUUAUAUUUGAUGUGGUGUUUUCACAUUUACUGAUGAAUACGAAUCCCAUAGAAAUUGGUUUUCUCUUAUUAUAACGGUUCUCGUUCUCAAUUCUUUGCAAUAAAUAGACGAUUCUUUG